AUGCUUGGCCCGGCGCUGGCAGAUCCUCAGCAGUUGGAGGAGGAGGAGGACUCCGAGGAAGCAGAGGGGGCAGGGCUGGAUAUCAAGGUUGACCUGGCAAAGCGCCGAAAACGACUGGAGGCGCAGCUCUUCGCAGUGCCUCGCAGGCGGAGGAAGAAUGACUUUUGGCCCAGCGCCUUGGAGACCGACAAGGCUGAGGCGUCUCAGCCCAUCAAGUGUGAGCUUCCAAUCAAGUCAGAGGAAGCACUUCCCAAAGCGGUGAAACGUGAGCUCGUUGCCACUUCUUCCAACCCAUCAGGUGCCGAUGAUGCGCCUUCGAGCGCUCUGCUAAAGCGACGCAGACGAGGAGAUGCCAGAAGCGAGGAGGGAGCUGACAACGGAGAGGCGAGCGAGGACACAAGGGAGCCAUACUCCACAGGUCGCACGCUGCGGGGGCUGCCGCACGACGAUUUGCUACGCCUAGCCGGCCAACUGGAGCACCGCUAUCUGGGCUCCGUGGCUGUGACUGCAUAA